AGAGUCUACGGGGGACCUGACAUGCUUCAGCUGAGCUUGGACGGCAAGAGACUUUACUGCUCCAACAGUCUGUACACUCCUUGGGAUGAGCAGUUUUACCCUGAAUUGGUCAGGGAAGGUUCUGUUAUACUGCAGAUUGAUGUGGACACGGAACACGGAGGUCUGCACUUGAAUGAAGACUUCCUGGUUGAUCUCGGGAAAGAACCCUGCGGGCCUGCCCGGGCUCAUGACAUGCGUUACCCUGGGGGAGACUGCACCUCGGAUAUCUGGGUCUAG